AUUAGUCCACACAGAGUCAGAUAUCCUCCGCUAUCAUUUUCUCUCCGGCGAACUUCUCGUCGCAGUUUGAAGAACACAAGAUACAAAUUUGCUGUAAAUUAUAGGAUGAGCGUUUCUUCUUCAUCAUCACCUUUCUCUCAGUUUUGGUCUUCAGCGCUCAGAUCUAAACCACUAGGCAAAUCAUCUGACACAGGCGAAGGUCUAGUACGCCGUCUUGGACCUUUUGACUUGAUUUUAUUAGGCAUUGGCGCUUCCAUUGGUGCCGGUAUCUUCGUCGUAACCGGCACCAUCGCCCGCGAUGCUGGUCCUGGAGUUACAAUUAGCUUCCUACUGGCAGGAGCAUCAUGUGUCCUGAAUGCCUUAUGUUAUGCUGAAUUAGCAACUCGAUUCCCUGCUGUUGUUGGAGGAGCAUACAUGUACACAUACACAACUUUCAAUGAGCUUACUGCUUUUCUUGUGUUUACACAAAUGAUGCUUGAUUAUCAUAUUGGUGCAGCUAGCAUAGCCCGUAGCUUAGCAAGCUACAUAGUUAAUAUAUUAGAUCUCAUACCCUCUGUGAAAGAUAAUAUUCCCAAUUGGGUUGGACAUGGUGGUGAUGAUAUUUUUGGCUUUCUAUCCUUCAACAUCUUGGCUCCUAUCCUUCUAGUCCUUCUGACAAUUCUCCUAUGUCGUGGUGUUGGAGAAUCUACCCUAGUCAAUACUGUCAUGACCAUGACCAAGGUAAGUAUUGUUUUUGUGGUGAUCAUUGUUGGUGCUUUUGAAGUUGAUGAUUCAAACUGGUCACCUUUUGCUCCAACUGGUUUUAAAUCCAUACUGACCGGGGCCACUGUAGCUUUUUUCGCAUAUGUUGGAUUUGAUGCGGUUGCGAAUUCCGCCGAAGAAUCUAAAAGACCACAGCGGGACCUACCAAUAGGCAUCAUUGGGAGCCUUCUUGUUUGUGUUGUACUAUACAUCGGUGUUUGCUUAGUUAUAACAGGAAUGGUUCCUUACAAAUUGCUCGGUGAAGAUGCUCCUUUGGCUGAGGCAUUCAAAUCCAAAGGAUUGAACUCCGUAUCAAUCCUAAUCAGCAUCGGUGCCAUUGCUGGACUUACCACAACUCUAUUGGUUGGCCUUUAUGUUCAGUCUAGGUUGUAUCUUGGGCUUGGAAGGGAUGGUUUGCUACCUGCAAUAUUUGCAAAGGUUCAUCCAACGCGUCAUACUCCAAUUCAUGCUCAAAUUUGGGUUGGAAUUGUUGCUUGUAUUUUGGCUGGAUUGUUAAACGUGACUCUUCUGUCACAUAUUCUCUCAGUUGGAUCACUCGCAGGUUACUCGGUUGUUGCAGCAUGUGUAAUAACUCUUCGGUUGGAUGAUAAUAUUGAUAUUAAUAUUAAUACUCAACUCUCAACCAAUUCAAUGUCAAAGAGGACAGAUUGCAUCACAAGCAUUAUUGUAAUUGCUUUUUGUGGUUUUACUACUGGAAUUCUUUAUCGAUUCGGUGGCUCAACUCUUGCGUAUAUAUUUCUUAUUUUACCCCUGGCUAUUGCAAUCCUUGCAGCUGCAAAUCUUCAAUUUAGGCAGGUUUAUAAAGAUCCACCUGGUUUUUCUUGCCCGUGGGUCCCAAUACUACCUGCUGUCUGCAUUUUUUUUAACAUAUUCCUUUUCGCUCAGCUUAACUAUGAAGCAUGGGUGAGGUUUGUGGUGUUAAGCAUUGUUGCUGGGUUUGUAUAUGCAUUUUAUGGGCAAUAUAAUGCGAUUCAUGCAAGUGAUGAUACCAAUUAUUACCAAACAUUGCCAUCAAUAGAAGCUCAAUAAUUUCGUUAUUGUUGUAAUAUUAUUUGUUUCCCAUAAGUGGGCCCUGUUGUAAGUUGUAACCACAGUUUAAAAACCAUACUUUUGUUGAAUCUAAUAAUAUAUAUAUAACCUAAAAUAGGGUUAUGAAA